AACGAAGAUGAGGUGAAUGGGGAUGGGCUAGCUGAUUAAAGGAAGUUGGUAGAGCUGGAAUAAUCCAGGAACAGACAGGAUCCGAUGGACGCUAUAUGACAAAACGUCUAAGAUCCACAUCACAAUUUGGAAUGACCAAACAAAGCCUGAACUCUCUUUGAUCUUGACAGCUACACCUCCUCAUUUCCCCCAUCUUUUUCGGCGUCUUUUCACAGUCGGCAGGGAAACAUAUUAAACAUGGAUGCUACUACUCCAGAUUUCAUAUACCCUGAUUUGGUGACUCCCUGCCCAGACAACAUGCAGUAUAUCAACAAGUUGGCUUUGGUCUUAGUUUAUGUUACAGUCUUCUGUCUGAGCUUGCCGGGCAACAUGGUGGUGAUCUUUGUGGUGAGCUGCAUGGAGAACCGCAGGACAUCUACUGAUGUUUACCUGAUGCACCUGGCCAUCGCCGACCUGUUCUUUGCUUUAACUCUCCCAUUCUCAGCUGCUGACAUUCACGCCGGUCACUGGAUGUUCGGCACAUUUAUGUGCAAACUGAUUUCAGGCUUACAGGAAGCCACAUUUUACUGCUGUGUCUUUCUGCUGGCAUGCAUUAGCGUUGAUCGCUACCUGGCCAUCGUGAAAGCAACCCAAUUCCUUGCCCAAAAACGCCAUCUGGUUGGUAUAGUGUGUGCGUUGGUGUGGGUAUGUGCCUUUUUGUUGUCCCUGCCCAUUAUUGUGAAUCGCCAGGCCUUUAUCACUGGAAAUAUGGGGGACUAUAUAUGCCAUGACAAUGUGACCGCAGAAAGCAUGGAUAGCUGGAGAAUGGGUUUGCGGAUUCUCCACCACACUUUGGGAUUUUUCCUGCCAUUAGCCGUCAUGAUGUUCUGCUACGGUUUCACCAUGUGCACGCUUUGCCAUACACGCAACAGCCAGAAGCAGAAGGCCAUGCGGGUCAUCCUGUCUGUCGUGUUGGCUUUUAUCGUCUGCUGGUUGCCCUUUAAUAUCCUAGAGUUAAUAGACACCCUGAUGCGAGGCGGCAAGGUGAUAGAAACGUGUGAGCUGAGGGACAGCAUAGACGUGGCCUUGUACGUCACACAGGCAAUGGCUUUUGCCCACUGUGCGAUAAACCCUAUCCUGUAUGCCUUUAUUGGAAAGAAAUUCCGUAACCAGCUUCUGAUGUCUCUCUUUAAGAAAGGCCUGUUGGGGAGAAACACAAUGUCGAAAUAUCGAGUGGGAUCUGUCAAUAGCACUGGAAGCACUAGGCAAAUGUCAGUGACUCUGUAGUCAAUGUAGUCAAAGUUAUACUCUUAUAAUAUUAAAAUGAUACAUAUUCUUCCAUUUUUCCUACUGUCAAAGAAAUAGUCUAGCCAGAAAUGUUAUCUCGUUACUUUCUUAUCCCUGUUGUAAAAAUACAGUUUUGAGGUUGAGUCAGUAAUGACAGUCUUGUCAUUUUUAAAGGACCUUUUCCUUUAUGAAAAUGUGAACUUUCAUGUGAACUAAGUUCUGUUUUAUGAUUAUAGAUGUAAAAGUAUAGAUAAGAUUGUGUUUGUGUAUCUUGUACUUUCUGUAGCUUUUUUGCUGAGGAUAAUGAUCUUUGAAAGGUAUUUUUCAGUGGUUUGAGGCAGCAUGCCAAGAAUGUGUUUUGAACGCUGUGUCUAUAUCAAAAUGAUCUGUGAAAAACACUCUGCAGAGGUUUCAGUUUUUGUUGGAAAUUUUCACCAAGGCUGCUUUUAUUUGAUCAAAAAUACAGUAAAACAGUAAUAUUGUACAAUU